AUGUCUGCACUAUACAACCCUGAACCUGAACCAGACGACGAUUGGCGACACGCUGCGAUGUCUGUGACAACAUCUUCCCUGAAAUCCUUCUCUCCAGCUUCAACUCUGGAAAUUUUCGAGAAGGGAAAUGUUUGGCUGGAGCUGGCUUAUUAUAAGAACGCCCUUGCCAUCUGGGAUACAAACCCACUCAGGAUGGCUAACCAAGUGGACGAAAUAAAACGCCCACCCGAAACAAUUCUCGCAGGGACUCGCGACAUCCCUGGUAACAUUUUGAAGGUUCAAGCGCAAUCUGUACCAUGUGGCAACGUAAAGACUGAAUCCGAUGAUCUUCCAAAGUUUAACGUUGAAGAUCCAUCGAUGUUGUCUGUAUGGAUGACUCCAAGGUUCGAUAUCGGGAGGAAUGGAAAAGUUCUCAUCUGGGCGCUUUUGACAUAUGGUGUUACGGCCACCAUACCCACACCUGGAACCGCGGCGACCGGUGGGCUCAGGCCAGGUAUACCUGCGCAACCUUCGAAGCCUCCAGCUCCUCCUCGCCAGCACCCUCUGAUUGACACACUCAUAUUCGGCUCGGGAUCCGUCAUGUGUGUAGCGCUGGUAGUGGGGGCGAGGUACUGGCGAGGAAGCUGGGGUUUACCCGCCCCAGCAAUGGGUGCUUCGAGCAUCGCUUUCCUUUUGUGGAAGAACGAUGAAGAUAUUGCGGCCGAGGUGACUUGGAUGUGA